UUGGAUCAUGAGCGUUGGAUCUUGCCCUGCGCUGGCGCUUAGCGCGUCACACUCCUUUUCUGUCGCCAAUCCAGUUCCCAGUGCUGGUUCAGCCAUGCCAGCGAGCGUGCAUGGAACUCACGCGUCCGUCCAGAGCGACAACGAGAUCAAGGCCGAGGCGGAGUUUUACGACUUCGCCCCGUUACCCUGUGUGUUUUAUUCGUGCCUUCUCAACGACGAGUACCGCAGCCGGAUGUUUGCGCGCAUCUAUGACAAUCGUAUCGUCAUGAAUCACCCAAUCGCCCCUUUCUGUUGCUUGACUACACCAAUCUGCAUUGCAGAUUCGAUAGCGACGUUCGUUUACGAUAAGCCGCCGAUGCGCUCAGGACCAGCCCCUCCCCCGUGCUGUUGCUGUCCUUUUACCUGUUGCGGCCCACCUGUCGUGUACUCGUACAAUCCCAAGUGCUGCUGUAUCGACUGCAAAGACAAUUGCGGCUCGCAAGUGGUCGUUGCGCCCGCUAAUUGCUACGGGUGCAAGCGGUACAUCUGUUGCGGCAGUCCAUGCUACACAGCUUGCUCGUACCCCUUGCUUCUGGGCGUCAAGAACGCGGACGCCUUCAUCUCCGCGGCCAAGGUGCAGGUGGACGGCUUCAAGACCAGGCACGGGCUCCCCGACUCGGAGAUGGCGGUCUUCGAGAUGGUCAGCGACAACAUGGGGGGCGAGCUGCUCGGGCUGGAGCUCGGCGGCGCGCGCAGGGCGUGAGCCGCCCCCCGUGGCGAGAGCUGCGGGGCCCUCGCAGUCUGCCUGUGGGGGGACAUGCCAUGCCCGACCUAAAGGUAGGAGGAGGAGGAGGAGGAGGAGAGAGGAGGAGGCGGUUUCGCGGAGGUUCAUGGACUUCCUGCACUGGCACGUUGAUUAGCGAAUUGGCCGUUUCCUGUCCGCGAGAUGGCGUCGAGGCUGUCAUUUUUGCAGGUCCAGGUCCGUCGGUUUCGGUCGCAGGCCGUUUUCACUAAAGGGUGGUUUGCUAAAGGGAGGUUUGUCCACCGCCGACAGGUGCCCCUGGUCAGAUGUUCCUUUGGGGGCAACCAACCCUGGCCUCAGGUGCCCCCAGCUUCUCGCUCAACUGAGGAGCCCCCGGGGCCCUCUGGAGGCCGUGGGGGCUUCCCUCGAGAUCCUGGGGGCGCCUUGGGCCAGUGGCGCUUCUCGCAACACCCGCAACGGUGACGAGGACCUGCAGCAGUUCGCGCACAGUUUGAACAGGACUCGCUGCCGGUGCCGCAUAUGCUGGCUUUUCCGGGCGAGCCCGGCUCGCAGAUGCUAAUUGCUGGCGGGCCCAGAGCGUUCCGCGGAACGAAAAUCAAACGUACCUCCUUCGCUCCUCGGCUCCCCUCGACCGCUCCUUCCCGCCGGGCUGGACUGCUCCUGCGGCGGCGCUCCGCACCCGUGUCGGCGGCUGUGGAACGGCCCGCGGUUCUGCACCGUCCGAGGCUCUGAGGUGGCCCGACCUGCUUCCCCCAUCCGCCACCACCACCUCCUCCAGUGUACACCGCUCCACUUGGUCGCUCGCCCUUCUCGCGCACCACGCGAUUUGGGUCACCUUUGGGGUCCCAAGCGUGCUGUGACGCCCGUCGGCGGACACAGAAGCAAGCAGCGCAAUGAG